UUGGUUGGUUGGUUGGUCAGCGUGUCAGCGUAACACGACGCUGGCGCGCGUACGGUGUAAAUAAAUGAACGCAUGGCAACUUGGCAAGCUUUCAUGGCAAGUUUUUCAGUGACAGAGGCAGUCGCUAUCCUAUCCCAAAAUUUUGACGAGAAACGAUCGCGUCUCUGCUGAGGCUCUAUACUCGGGUCACUGACAUGAUAGCACCGUAUCUUUAUGGCCAAACAAUAUCAGAAUCCAAACAGCCACAAAGCUAUACCUAUACAGCGAUACGCGAAGUACAUUAAGAACUGCGCACUCUAACGAAGAACAUUGACGAUGAGAGGAAAAGUGGAAACGGUUCAUGGCCCGAUCGACCCCGAUGCACUCGGAUCGGUACUUACCCACGAACAUCUUUCGCACACACUGGACGAUCGAGUAUUUACUGUAACGCACGCACAUCACCAUGCUUACAUGAAAACGAGUCCCAUCGUACUAGAAAACAUGUGGUGGAUACGUCAGUUUCCGUACAGCCACGUCGAUAACUUGAUAUUUUCGGACGAAAACACGAAAGCAGCAGUGAUCGAAGAGAUGAAGUUCUUCAAGCAGAACGGAGGAGGCACCAUUGUAGAAAAUUCGUGUCGUGGGAUGGGACGCGACAUACCUUUCUUUCGCAAGAUCUCGACUGAGACUGGGGUGCACGUUGUUGCAGGGACAGGCUACUAUGUGACGGCCAACUAUUCAGGUCACAUACUCUCAACACCUGUGGAAGAGCUCACGCAGGAAUUUGUGAGCGACAUCAUCGAUGGAGCAGACGGCACUACUGCACGCUGCGGCAUCAUUGGCGAACUGGGGUGUACGUGGCCUCUUCAAGAUUUUGAAAAGAGAGUGCUGCGAGCCGCGGCUGCCGCACAGCAGGCCACGGGUUGCCCCGUCAUAAUCCAUCCUGGCCGUAACCCCAAGGCUCCCUUCGAAAUCAUCAGAAUUUUUACUGAAGCAGGGGGUCGUGCAGGCCACACAGUCAUGUCUCAUUUAGAUCGCACUCUACUAGAGGAAACAGAACUAGCAGAGUUUGCGUCGUUGGGAUGCUACUGUGAACACGAUCUGUUCGGAAUAGAGACAUCUCACUACCAGCCAGGCCCGGCUUCCGACAUGCCGAGUGAUGCCCAGCGUCUGCGUCUCCUCAAGUACCUUGUCGAUCAGGGGUACGAAGACCGUAUUGUCGUUGGUCACGACAUUCAUACCAAGCACAGACUGAUGAAAUAUGGGGGCCACGGUUAUUCCCACAUUCUGCUGAACAUUGUACCCAAGAUGUUGGAGCGUGGAUUUUCACCGGUUGUCGUCCACAAGAUCACCCAGACCAACCCACAAACGUGGCUCACGUUUUUUCAAUAAUGCCCUUGAUAAUCACGCAUGUGCCAUCCCGAAGAGGAUGCCACAAGGGUUAACAAAGUAAUCUAUGCACCUUAUAUUAUUAAUGUCUGUUUAGCAGUUUUAUCUCUAAGGGACCUCACAUAAAUAUAUUUGAUAUUACUUCAUUUGGAUGUAUUUUUUUACAAAAUAAAGUAUCGAAAAUAAGCCACACGACAACAAUGAGGUCAGUUAGACUCUGUUCCUUUAUGUGUCCAUGCUUUCAUAUUGGACAUUCUCGCAAAAAUGCUUGUGUUAGCAAAAUAUUGCAAAACGCACUUUAUCUCGAGCACCAGACACUGGGCCUGUCAUGCUCUGAUUAAGUGCAACUCUUUUUAUUAUUAUAUUCUUGCAGACUACUGUAUACUCUAUAUCCCCUAAUCUGCAUAUAAAGUAAAUGGUGCUUUUGGAUGAAAAAUAAUGAAGCCCAAAGAUGCGUAAGGAAAAAAAAAAUCAUGCCAUAACGCACUUGCUGUGCAAACGCAAAAGUUCUGUCCUACAAGGCAGAUUUGCGCACAUGUCAAGUUGCUAGAUGUAAUGAUAGCUAUAUUCCCACUUCCAAGACUGAAAGAUGAGGCGCUGUAGCGCAUUCUACAGGGAAGUUUUCCUGUACGCAGCACUCAAAAGCUGCCACUUGGUGAGGACCAAAAACGCAACUGCACCAUCCUAUGGGGAGUGCUCACUCAAACUUACGUAAAAAAAGAAACAAAAAUAAAUAAAUAAAAAAAACAAAAGCUGCUACAUGUUCGACUUAAAGCCACAACACAUGCAAAAUACAUGGGAGACAAACGUAAAACCCCAUCCUAUAUAAAAACCGAAGUCAUGCCAGGGCAGACUCUGCGGAUGGUGCGUUUAAAUAUUAAUAUAUAUCUUUCGUCUUAAAACCUGGUUUUAAAACGGAGAGUUAGGCUUUGCAAGUAUACUCGGUUACGAUGCGUACAAUGACAGAAUCGCUCUUCCACCUGUGAGUGAAACUUGCUGCUAAAAAGAAACAGAAGCACCCAGGGAUACACAUAUUCACACACAUCACAUUCAACUACACCGACCUUGUCGCGGGCCUUGCACUGCUGCCUUGAAACGGGUACUUCAAGGCAAGCAAGGCCCAUGCUUCACUAAGGCACUGGGACAAGUGGGCCACAAUGAAUGUGCCAAUCCAUAUGACAAACCACAACCUACUACUAUAGAUAGACACCUAGAUGCAUGCCAAUCACCUAUGGGAGACGCAAGUCACAGGUUCGUUACGGUGGAGGCCACUAGAAGAGCUAUCAUUACUGACAUUUUCAAUAAAUGUGGUUUUGUGGUGUUUUGAGCACUUCUAUUGAAAAUUUGAAGAAUUUUGUAUUGAAAUUGUUUUCCAAAAUUAUUGAACAAUUGGAAAUAUUUAAAAAUUCUGUUGAAAAAUUUCCAAAUCCCAACGAGCCCAACGUGAUACUUUAUGUCACAUUACUGAGGAGGGGAAAUGACAUCCGCAUCAUGGCUACUUUCUGCUGCUUGCUAUCCGCGCGCAACCCUCUUUAUCGUUGUUCACAAUGCUGUGGUGGUUUUGGAAAAUCAUGUAUUGCCCAAAAGUGCCAAAUAUCAUAGUGAAGCGGUAUAUGUCUGUCUCCAUUUAUAGUAGUAGGUCAUGAUGACAAUGUCCUGCACAGAUGGGUAUGCAGAGACAUGCCACCCACUGAUAGCAGUACUAAGGAUUCCUUAAUUUUGUACCACCUAUAGCUGCCAACACAUUUGUUUCGUAUCCUGGCAUUUAUCACCGUCUGAUUCGACUAGAUCCUAGUUGCUGCCCAAAAGAGGCUGCGUGCAGUGAUCACUUUUCACCAUUUCUUAGAAUUAUGUUGGCAAGGACACCAUCUGUACAAUGCAAUAUUGUAUGUUUCUCUUGCACCAUUAAGAGUAUUUGCAUAAAGCUAUUCCAUGCAA